AUGCCAAACUGCCCACGUUGUCAGAAACCAGUGUAUUUUGCCGAACGCGUCACAUCGAUCGGAUUCGACUGGCAUCGUCCAUGUCUCCGAUGCGAAAAUGAGGCUUGCAAGAAGACGUUGGCAGCUGGAAGUCACUCUGAGAGAGAAGGAAAGCCGUACUGCAAUCGUUGCUACGGAGCAAUGUUCGGCCCACGUGGAUACGGUCAUGGAGGAGUCGAAUCACACACUUUCCAUCAGGGACAAACGUCCGGACAGGUUUAA